GCGAUUUGGGUUCAGGGAAGUAGAAAUGAAGACGGCUACGGUACACAUUCAUGCCGCAUCAUUUUUAUUUUAACAUGGUAAAUGACAUUUUGUAUUCGUCAUUUUCCUUGGUAAUGUAUACACAAUGCAUAGAUAUGUAAUGAUAGCUUCAAUAUUAAUCAGCAAUUUACUACAAUGACAAAACUGAAACGAUUCAAUUGUCAGGAAGUGACUAUUUAGCAGUUGAAAUACCCGACAUUGUACUAUUAUUAAGUUGAAUUUUCACUUCCUAGUUCUUCGCUUAUAAACUGUACCCAGGUUUACAUGAGGACAGUAGCUGUGCGUCACUAGCAACGAUGAGUUUCUCUGGCAAAGUGGUGCUCGUAACUGGGGCCAGUUCCGGCAUCGGCGCUGCGACAGCCGUGAUGUUCUGUAAAGAGGGAGCUAGUGUGGUACUCGUCGCUAGGAACGAGGCGAAACUGAAGAGCGUUUCAGAACAAUGUGCGGCUGCAGGCGGCAAGCAUGCCCUUAUCAAAGCUGACGUCUCCAGCGACGGUGACGUCAAAAGGAUUAUCAAUAGCACCAUCGAGAAAUUCAGCAAACUAGACAUCCUCGUCAACAACGCUGGCAUCAUCGCUUACGGCGACAUCCUCAGCGGUACUAUUCUCGAUACGUACGACCAAAUCUCGAAAACAAAUCUCCGCGCAGUUAUUCACGUCACUAUGUUGGCUGCACCGCAUCUUGUCAACAGUAAAGGGAACAUCAUAAAUAUAUCUAGUGUAGCUUCACGUAUGAUUGUAAAUAAAUUCUCGGCAUACUCUACCUCCAAAGCAGGUCUGGAUCAGUUUACUCGUUGCGCAGCUGCAGAAUUAGCGUCUUCUGGUGUAAGAGUAAAUUCUAUAAGCCCGGGACCGGUUGAUACCGAUAUUUUUUUCAAUGCUGGUGCAUUACCUGAAUUUGUAGCUCGCGGAAUAGAAACUCCGCUUGGACGAGUAUCGCAGUCGGAUGAGAUAGCUGAUUUAAUUUUAUAUUUAGCCAGUGAUAAAGCAAAAGGCAUCACGGGUUCCAAUUUUGUGUCCGACAAUGGAGUUCUCUUACAAGUUUUUGAUAACAAGAAAUGAAAUAUUAGUUCUAUAUGUUCAUAAAAAAUAGAUAAGGAAUUUCGUAAUGUUAUUAUUAUUAUUAUUUUGAUAAAAGGUUAUUUUGUGCUUGAUUGUGUUAUUAUUUCAAAUAUAAUGUCUUCUUUUUUUAUUUUAAUUUAUUAAAAAAUAAACUUGGCUAGCCCAACAUUAAUUUGAUACAGGGGGCGGCCAAUAAUGCCGAUUCAACGGAGAAACUGCUAAUCUUAAAUUUUGUAAUGAAGAAAAAGAUAAAAAAAAGGAAUUUAGUAUAUUUUUUAAGCAUUGAAGAUGUUUUAAUAGAGUUCCUUCAGCUGCCGGUAACAUUUUCUGUUGAUUUGAAAAGUAAAUGUUAAUAUAAUGUAAUUUUUAAGAUAAAUAAACCAUUAUUAUUUUU